AUGGGGGAAGCCUCGUCAUUUCAUGAACCGAAGUACAAAGGUGUGAGGAAGAGGAAAUGGGGCAGGUGGGUGUCGGAGAUCAGGCUACCCAACAGCCGUGAGAGGAUCUGGUUAGGCUCGUAUGACACGCCAGAGAAAGCUGCUAGAGCUUUCGAUGCUGCGGCGUUUUGUCUUCGAGGCACCUCCGCCAAGUUCAAUUUUCCCGACCAACCACCAAAUAUUCCCGGAGCAAGGUCACUUUCUCCCUCCGAGAUACAAGCUGCCGCCGCUAACUUUGCCAAUUCAUUCCCAUUAUUCCCAUCUCCGUCAGGCUCAGUUUCAGAAGCCGCCGUCCCCAUGGAGGCUGAAACCUCCACCCCCUCCCUUCUCUGGCCAGAUAAUAAUAAUAAUGUGACGGAUUACGGAAUAUUUCCAGGAUUUGAUGAUUACUUCAUGCGGUCACCACCCAUCGUUUCUUCAAGGUCUCCUGAUUACGAUGAUGAGGAGAACUCAAACUACUGGGAUAUCUCGCAAGACCCAUCAUUCCUCUGGAGCUUUUAA